AGGCCAGUAGGUGGAACUAAAACUCCAUUAUGUUUGAGAUUAGCAAUCUCAAUUCAAGGAAGAAGAACAAGCUACUGUAGCAUGUAGGUAUUUACAGAAACCUGGUUCUCCAACACUUAGCUGAAUUUAAACAAAUGGCUGCCCAGUGUCCAGUUGAGGCCUUUAUUAUAGGAGAGCCAACUUCUGCUGUCAGUAAUAAUAACGUUAAACAUUUAUCAGUAGCAUCGAGUGCUCAAACUAAAGGAAAGAAGCGAGCUAUUAGCCCCGGGGCUCAGCCGCUCUCCCAGCCGAACAGCAGCAACAACAAGCGCAGGAAAGUGCACGUAGUACCGGGGGUCAGUCACACUCAGAGUCUCCCGGUGGAGGUGACCGAAGGAAAGCCGGUUACUACAGCAGAUGUAGGGACAGAACCAGUUGCUAAGCCUCUCUCUUUCAAAAACCCAAACUUUGUGCACUCUGGUAUCGGAGGGGCAGCGGCAGGGAAAAAGAAUCGGACGUGGAAGAACCUGAAGCAGAUUCUGGCAUUGGAGAGGGCACUGCCCUGGAAAAUCACUGAUCCCAACUAUUACAACAUCGAUGCUCCACCAUCUCUGAAGCCUUCUAAAAAGUAUUCUGAUAUUUCAGGCUUACCAGCAAACUACACAGACCCUCAGACUAAGCUACGAUUUACUUCAUCUGAAGAGUUCUCAUACAUCCGUCUACUACCUACAGAUGUCGUAACGGGAUACCUGGCAUUACGAAAGGCCACCUGCAUUGUUCCCUGAUCAUCAUACCUGCAAACUGUCCAGUUUCCUGAGUAUAUGAUACAGGAUCACAGAGACUGCUACGUUUUUUUUUUAACCUUCUUAAUGCAAAAGCUGUAUAUAUUUACAUUAUGCUUAUUGAAUAAUAUUGUACUUUAUUUGUAGGAUUCAUGCAGACAUCGAUUUAUCACUUGUUAAUUGAUUGAUUCAAAAACUCUUUGGUUUGAUGCGAUGUCCUGUGUUUUGUUUGCUGUAAAAUAUAAAGCUGGGCUUUUUGAA